AUGGUGGGACGCCUGAGCGAAGGGGCCAUUGCGGCCAUAAUGCAGCAGGGAGAGACAUCCAUAAAACCCAUCCUCCAAGUCAUUAGCAUCCGUCCCAUUACCACAGGGAAUAGUCCGCCCCGCUAUCGACUGCUUAUGAGUGAUGGGUUGAACACUCUCUCCUCUUUUAUGUUGGCAACACAGUUGAACACUCUUGUUGAAGAAGAGCAAUUGUCUAGCAAUUGCAUUUGCCAGAUUAACCGAUUUAUUGUGAACACGCUGAAGGAUGGAAGGAGAGUAGUUAUUUUGAUGGAGUUAGAGGUUUUGAAAUCAGCGGAAGCAGUUGGAGCGAAGAUUGGCAAUCCACUGCCCUAUAAUGAAGGACACGGGCAGCAGCAGGUAGUUCCUUCUCCAGUCCCAGCAACCAGUCCACCCACCAGCAAGCCCCAGCCGCAGAAUGGGAGCACGGGAAUGGGGCCCACUAUACCUAAGGCUUAUGGUGCCUCGAAGAUAUUUGGAAAAACUGGAGGUACCAGCCUAGUGAACAGUUCCGGGGGAUCACAGGCCAAAGUGGUCCCCAUUGCCAGCCUCACCCCUUACCAGUCCAAGUGGACCAUUUGUGCUCGUGUUACCAACAAAAGUCAGAUCCGGACCUGGAGCAACUCCCGAGGGGAGGGGAAGCUUUUCUCUAUGGAACUGGUCGAUGAGAGUGGUGAAAUCAGAGUGACUGCUUUCAAUGAGCAAGUGGACAAGUUCUUUCCCCUCAUUGACGUGAACAAGGUCUACUAUUUCACUAAAGGCACUCUGAAGAUUGCCAACAAACAGUUCUCAGCCGUUAAAAACGACUAUGAGAUGACCUUCAAUAAUGAGACUUCAGUUUUGCCCUGCGAAGACGGUCAUAAUUUACCUACCGUUCAGUUCGACUUCACAAAGAUCGAUGACCUCGAGAACAAACCCAAGGACUCCCUCAUCGACAUAAUUGGGAUCUGCAAGAGCUAUGAAGAUGCCAUUAAAAUCACAGUGAAGUCCAACAACCGAGAAGUUUCUAAGAGAAAUAUCUAUUUGAUGGACAUGUCAGGGAAAGUGGUGUCCGCUACUCUGUGGGGAGAAGAUGCUGAUAAGUUUGAUGGUUCCAGACAACCCGUGAUGGCCAUCAAAGGAGCCAGAGUUUCUGAUUUUGGUGGACGGAGCCUCUCGGUACUGUCUUCAAGCACAAUCAUUUUGAAUCCUGACAUCCCAGAGGCCUACAAGCUUCGAGGAUGGUUUGACUCGGAAGGACAAGCCUUAGAUGGUGUUUCCAUCUCGGAUCUAAAGGGUGGAGGGACAGCAGGAGGCAACACCAACUGGAAAACUUUGUACGAGGUGAAAUCGGAGAACCUGGGCCACGGGGACAAGGCAGACUAUUUUAGCUCUGUGGCGACAGUGGUAUACCUCCGCAAAGAGAACUCUAUGUAUCAGGCCUGCCCAUCGCAGGACUGCAAUAAGAAAGUGAUCGAUCAACAGAACGGAUUGUACCGCUGUGAGAAGUGUGACCGCGAAUUUCCCAACUUCAAGUACCGCAUGAUCCUGUCGGUAAAUAUUGCCGAUUAUCAAGAGAACCAGUGGGUCACUUGUUUCCAGGAGUCUGCAGAGGCGAUCCUCGGACAAAGCACUGCUUACCUUGGAGAGUUAAAGGAGAAGAAUGAGCAGGCGUUUGAGGAAAUUUUCCAGAAUGCCAACUUUCGGUCUUUCGUGUUCAAGAUCAGAGUCAAACUGGAGACAUACAAUGAUGAGUCUCGCAUUAAGGCCACCGUGAUGGACGUGAAGCCCGUGGACUACAAAGAAUACAGCAGAAGGUUGAUCACGAACAUCAGGAGGAAUGCAGCGAUGUGA